UGGCUGGCCUUUCACUUGUACCUGCUGCUUCCCUUCCCCAUGCCCACAGACUCAUGAGAUGGAAGACUAGUGCAAUUCCUUCUAUUUCUUCUCCCUCUGCACAAUAUGAUGUCAAUUACUUCACCCAAACUUUGGACCAUUUCAGUUUCACACCUCAAAGCUAUGUCACAUUUCAACAGAAGUAUCUCAUUAACUCAAAACACUGGGGUGGUGCUUCAUCCAAUUCUCCAAUCUUCGUUUAUACAGGAAAUGAAGGAUAUAUUGAAUGGUUUACUCAAAACACCGGCUUUAUGUUCGACAUUGCACCUCAAUUCAAGGCUCUUCUCGUCUUCAUUGAGCACCGUUACUAUGGCGAAUCAAUGCCAUUUGGAAGCAAAGAUGUAGCUUACAGCAAUGACAGCACAUUGGGCUAUCUGAGCUCUACUCAAGCUUUGGCUGAUUAUGCUAUAUUGAUUACAGAUCUCAAAAAGAAUUUAUCAGCAGAGGAUUCACCAGUGGUUGUCUUUGGAGGAUCUUACGGUGGAAUGUUAGCGGCCUGGUUCAGACUAAAGUACCCACACAUUGCAAUUGGAGCAUUGGCAUCUUCUGCACCAAUUUUGGCUUUCGAUGACAUUGUACCUUCAGAUGGUUACUACAACAUUGUCUCAAAUGACUUCAGGAAUGAAAGCGAAAACUGUUUCAAUGUAAUAAAGAAGUCAUGGAAGAUAUUGUCUGAAAUGUCAUCGACUUCAAGCAACAGAAGAUCUCUCAAAGAAUCUCUCAAACUUUGCCAAGAUAGUGACGUUGAUAGUGUGGAGGGGUGGCUAAGCGAUGCUUACUUUGAAGCUGCAGAAACAGAUUAUCCAACUCCUGCUAACUUUAUUCAAAAUUUGCCAGCCUAUCCAGUGAAACAAAUGUGUAAGGCAAUAGACAAUCCAUCAAGUGGGAACAAUAUCCUAAGCCAACUAUAUGGAGCAGCAAACAUAUAUUAUAACUACACUGGGAACUUAAGCUGCUUUGAUCUGAGACCUAGUGAUCCCCAUGGAGAGGGUGGCUGGAGUUUUCAGACUUCUACAGAGAUGAUGAUGCCCAUGACCAUUGAUCCAGUCAAAAGCAUGUUUCCUGGAUCAGACUACAUGGAGUCGAUACAAGAUUUCACAUAUUUGAAUUUUACAUGGGCAAUCUCAGACUGGAUCCCCACUGAAUUUGGUGGUCAUAAUAUCAAGAGGGUGUUGAAGCGAUUUGGAAGCAAUAUAAUAUUUUUUAAUGGAUUGAGAGAUCCUUGGAGCAAUGGAGGAGUAUUAGAAGAUAUAAAUAAAAGCAUCGUGGCAAUCAUUGCUAAGGAAGGGGCACAUCAUGUAGAUCUUAGAUUUGCAACUGAGGAGGAUCCAAAAUGGCUUGUACAUGUUCGAAAGAAGGAGAUUGAUAUAAUCAAAAGGUGGAUAAUCCAGUAUGACAAAGACCUUCGUACAAUUUAG